CAUCGAUCCAAUUGAGGACCUCCCCGACGCAGAGGAAAAUUACCAUGAAUCUUCUGACGAAGACUUCAAUCCGGCCGCUGCACCGGCUGAAGACUCCUCCGCUUCGUCUGACGAAGGAGAUGGCAACACUAAACGCGACCAGCGGAAGGGUAAACGAAAGGCACCCUCGCCCGAGGACCUAGAUUCUGGAGAUGAAUUCACAAUAGAAUUAGCACGUAAACGGAAAGCGAAGAAAUGGAAAGGAGAGAAAGCUAAAGGAAGGGAUGAGCUGCUUUUCUCAGACGAUGAGGGCGGCGAGGGAGGAUUGAUCAAGACGAGGGCGCAGAGGAGGGUUGGGCAGAAGGAGCGGAGACCCCUUGCGAGGACUGAAGGAGCUACAGUUGAUGUUGAUGCUCUUUGGGCUCAGAUGUCGGCGGCACCGUUGAAGCCUUUAUAUCCCACCCUGACACCGACGACACAGGAUGGAGAAGCUUCGCAAGGCCAGGGCACUGCCGCGGACGGCGUACAUGCAGCACCGAAUGCGAGUGACGACACUGAUUCGGUUACGGUGAAACGUAUCUACACGUUUGCAGGUCAGCGCACAACGGAAGAGCAACAGAUUCCCCGCACAUCUCUCGACAAAUACCUCUCUGAAGGCUGGAAGGUAGCCGAGCCCACAGCCCAAGAAGUGGAUGAGACCGAGACCAAACAAGACAGUGCAGGGCUGGAAAGGUCACACUCUAAGAUCCGUCGUCCCCUGCGCCGACCUUCACGUUUUGAUCCAAACCCCACCGGACAAGUCCGCGGCCUCGCACCAGAACACCAGCUCACCUGGCCACGCCAAACCACCAAAAUUGCUCAUGUUGACCAAGAGAAUGCUGCUGCUGCUCCUGAAGCACCCAGAAUACAACGUCCAGAAAAAGCACAGAAACUUAAUGUCGUGGACAAGUCGAGACAUGACUGGUCCAAGUAUGUAGAUAAAGAAGGCAUUGCCGAAGAGUUGGACGAGCACGGGAAGACUAAGGAGGCAUAUCUUGGUAGGAUGGACUUUCUGGCUAACGUGGAAGCCAAACGAGAGGAGGAGCGAAGGCGUGUUAAAACUUUGGCGAAUUCGUGAGGAGGGGUGGCCAUUUUGUGCUAAACUCUUGUUGUAGCCGUG